GCUGCCUUGCUUGGUCUCCCUCUCACACUUUAUCUCCUGCUACCAGUCUCUUGCUCCUCAACACUCAGUGUGUCCAUUCUGUUGACCACACCUAGUAGGAAGCCCUUGGUUUUUUCCCCUUGCAACUGCCAAAGGGGCACAGUUGUUUUUUUUGUUUUGUUUUGUUUUUACAUAAAUUAACAGGAGAACGCUACAGAAACCACAGAAGUCAGCUGCUCCUCUCUCCCAUCACUCCAAGGAGGCUUAUUUUGUGUCCCACAUGGAACUUGCCGAGAACUAAAUUAAUUCCCUUGAGACCAUCAGAGGCUUCCUGGGAAGCCAACGGCUGGAUUUGGGCCAGGAUGCCUGUGUUCAUGACAGAACAGAGCCUGACAUCAGGCAAUACUCUUACAGAAGUAGUUAAGGAGACGGAGCCCAUUCACCCUGGAGAAUGUGUCCGUGGCAUCUGAGGACAGCAGGCAUGCGUGGUCCAGGCAUCUGCCCACCCAGCUGCUCCAUCCUCUUCAUAUUUCUGCAGCUCCUGUCCUGCAGCAUCUCUGGAAACGGGAAAGCCGACUUCUCUGUCUUUGCACCUGACAAACCUCUUCUGGCCAUGGUUGGGGAAGAGGUGGAUCUACCAUGCCAUCUGUCCCUCAAUAUCAGUGCCGAGGACAUGGAGCUGCGGUGGUACAGGGACCAGCCAUCCCCAGCCAUGCAUCUGCAUAAGAAUGGGAUUGAUGUGCAGGAUGAACAGAUGGCAGAGUACCAGGGAAGGACCACCUUCCUGAGCACCAGGCUGGCCCAGGGCCAAGCCGCAGUGAGGAUUCACAAUGUCACUGCUCUUGAUAAUGGGACCUUCCACUGCAACUUCAAAGAUGGCAUCAUGUCUGCAGAGACCACACUGUGGCUGAGGGUGGCAGGGCUGGGCUCAGAGCCCAAAAUCCAAGUGGGACCUGGACAGAGUGAAGGUGUCUGGGCACAGUGCACUUCGGAGGGCUGGUACCCAGAGCCCCAAGUGGAGUGGAGAGACCUCGGGGGACAAUCCCUACCUUCUGUGACCAACCUGUCUGCCUCUCCAACAACGGGCCUCUUCAGCGUGGUGUCCAAUGUGACUCUCCUGGACAGGGAUGUGGAGGGCCUCUCCUGCUCCAUCAUCAGCUCCCUCCUCCAGAGGAGGAAGGUGGCCAAGAGCUACUUGCCUGGCAGGACAGAAGACGUGAUCAUCAGUGGUGAGGCCCAUACUGGGGCCUGGAAGCCUGUGUCCCUGGCCUGUGUGUUUAUGUGCACAUGUAUGUGUGUGCUGUGUGUGCGUGUUGUACCUUAAUGUGCAUAUGUUUGCAUCCGUGUGUGUACAUACUCAUGCAUAUGCACUGGUGUAUGUCUGUGUGCCUGUGUGUAUGGUGUGGGCGUGUGUGUGUGUGUGUGUGUGUGUGUGUUCCUUUUUAUUCCAGAGUGCUGGAGUGCUGUCCUAAAUGCUCUUGAGUGGCAGCCACGUGGCUCUAAACAUCAAGUUUUGGCUGUCGUGGGAGACCUUAGCUCCUGUUUAUUAGCUGAGGUACAGACCUGCAGAGUGGAGGCAGCAAGACAGCCAGCCACUGGAAGGCAACCUAUUACCACAGAGAGUGCAGAACCAGUGACUUUCUACCCCAGGACACUCUCUUGGUGGGAGAUUGGGGUAGAGAAGGUACAGUCUGGCCAUGGAUAAGGAACCCCCAGAACAGGGAAGGGUAUAGCUGCAGACCAUGAACCAGGCAGAUGAGAAGUGUCAGGGCAUCUGGAAACACAUGUCCUGAGCACAGACACUUGUUGAGGGUCUAGGAGGAAACAGAGAGAAGCCAAUCAUCCAUUCAUUCACUCAUUCAUUCACGUAAAAUAGUGACCAGUCACCUCCUAUGCCAGCAGUCAGCCAUCUAUUAGUGAAUAAAAUGGCUUCCUCCUGACCUCAUGGAGCAUAGAAUGUAUGUGAGGAUGCAAGCCAUCAGCCAGUAGUUUUUCUUUAACUGAAACUAGAAUUAAUCAGGGUAAAUAUUGUAGGAACAAACUGGAAUACAAUAAUGAAGUGGCCAGAAGAGUUCACGUGGGAUGUCCAGGCCCCUGAGGAUGGUGGGAUGGUAACACCCAAUUGAAGGGCUGGGCGACAGUGGGGUCACCACCUUGGGAGAAAGAGAGGUGGACCCCCAACCAUGGCAGGGAGAAUGGGGUCUGUGGUAUGUGAGAGCUGAGUAUGUAGAGGAGGCACCAGGGUUUGUGGGUGUCCACACCUGCAGAGCAUGGAAGGCUCAGGCAGGGGUCUGGAUGUUAUGUGAAGCAUGGUUCAAAAUGAGUGAGGGGGUUUAAGCAGAGGAGAUGUGCUGAUGGAGGAGAGGAAACAGCCCCAAAAUGGGUCCUGGGGCCACAAGUAACAGGGUCCAGCAAGGGCAAAGCAGAGUGAGGAACCCAAGGUGACCCUAGGCAGCAUGAGUUCCUCGGCCCAUGGUGGCUCCAUCUAACAGAAGGUUUGGGGCAAAACAAGAUAUAUUUAGGCAAAAGAAUGAAAAUCAUCUUAGACCUCUUAAGACUGAAAUGUUUUCAAUAUACAACUGGGGACAUCAGAUAAAUCCUUGGAUAUUACAAGUCUUGCGCUCCAGGAGAAAUGUGGACUGGAGCUAGGAAUUUGGAGUCCGUGGCAUAUAUCUGGCAUUGAAAUUGAGGAAAGUGAACCAUGGAGUGCUCCACUUAUCUGCACACCUAAAAUUACUCUUCAAAAAUUUUUCUUGAAAAUUAAAUAAUAUCUGAGCACAGUUGGGCAGAGUUGUUGGAGGGCCAGGGGAAGCUUCACUGCUGAAGUCUGCAGAUACAGUGUGCUGAGGGAAGAGCUGGUUAUGUUCCAUGCAAGUGAAAAGUAGAGUAAAAAUUAGAAUGGGAACAUGACCCUGAAAAACUGGCUAGUAUGACACAUGAAGAGACAUGCCUCCUGGAGACAGCUGGGAGGAAAACAUCAAAAUUAUUGUCUGUGCAGCUGAGCCAAAAUUGUCAGCCCAUCCCUGGACCCUGACACCGCAAGCCCAAAACUAGCUCUGUCUGAGGACGGGAAGAAUGUGAAAUGGCUAUUCUUUGACCAGGAGCUGCCUGACAUCCUCUCAGAUUCAACCAGGACCCCUGUGAGCCGGCCUGGGAGCAGUUCUCUGCUGGAAGUAUUACUGGGUGGGGCACAGGAAGUCCUGGAACUUGGGCAUGUGUCUGGACAUCUUGGAUCCAAAGAGAAGGAUUCCCAAGGCCUCCAAGCAUCGAUUCUGGGCCCUGGAGCUGUAAAAGCAGACAUUCUGGGCACUCACCUUCCUGAGGCUUCGCCUGUACCCUUCUGAACCCCUGCAUCAGGUGGGCACUCUUCUGGACUGUGAUGCUGGCAGAGUCUCUUUCUACAAUGUGGGCAGUGGAUCCCUAAUCCACACAUUCUCUGGACUCUCCUUCUCAGUGCCUCUGAGGCAAUUUUUCUGCCUUUGGACUCAUGAUGCCAACCCCCUGACCAUUUGUACAGAAUGCCAGGACUUAGAGGCAUUGGGCUCUCCUCAGAGCCAGGGACAGGAGUAGGUGGGGGGCCUCCUCCAUCAAGAUCCAUGAUCUCUCUGCUCUGGCCUGUCAUAGAUUUGGGGAAACCAUAUCCAUUCUACAUCCCAGCUAUACCCAUACAAGGGUGCACCUUUCUGAAUUAUCCUGUCUUAUAUUCCUUUUCCUUCCCUGUUCUAUACUAAGAAUAUAUUAUGGGCUGAACCAUGUCCCCUCAAAUUCACAUGCCAAAGCCCCAAUCCCCAGGACCUCAGAAUGGAGCUGUAUUUGGAAAUGGGGUUUUUACAGAGGUUUUUGAGGCAUAAGGAGGUCUGUAGGAUGUGCCUUGAUCCCAUAUGAUGGGAGUUCUUAUCAGAAGAGAGGACUGAGCACAGAGACACACAGGCUGAUGACUGCCUGAGGACAUGGGGAGGACACAGCAUGUACAUGCCAGGGAGAGGGGCCUUGGGGGGAACCAGCCCCACCCAGGCUAGGAUCUGGGACUUUCAGAUCCAAGGAUUGAGACACAAUCAAUAUUUGUUGUUUAAACUGCUUGUCCAGUGGUAUUUGUUACACAGCCCAGGCUGACUGGGAUACCAGAUUAUUAUACAGUGUGGUGCUUUUCUGAAAUGUACUUGGGGGCAUUUGGAAAGCAUUGAACCCAGUGUCAGACGUGAAGAAGUUGCUCAGUAGGGGCAGCCUGGGUGGCUCAGCGGUUUGGUGCCUGCCUUCAGCCCAGGGCAUGAUCCUGGGGUCCCGGGAUUGAGUCCCACGUCCGGCUCCUUGCGUGGAGCCUGCUUCUCCCUCCUCCUGUGUC